GAGAGUUACUUUUGCGCGCGAACUCUAAGAGCGAGGGUCCCAGGCGUCGAUCGGGGCUGGGGUCUGUGCAGACCCCUGGGCACGCAACGACCCCAGUGGACUCGGACACCUUCGUCACCCCGCCAUGGAAACCUCAGCGCACAAGCAGCAGCAGCAGCCCUCGGCGACCAAGAUCAGGAACCUGCCCUGGGUUGAAAAAUACCGACCGCAGACACUGAAUGAUCUCAUCUCUCAUCAGGACAUUUUGAGUACCAUUCAAAAAUUUAUCAGUGAAGAUAGAUUGCCACACCUGCUUCUCUAUGGUCCUCCGGGGACAGGAAAGACAUCCACCAUCCUAGCCUGUGCUAAACAGCUGUACAAAGAUAAAGAAUUUGGCUCCAUGGUCUUGGAGCUGAAUGCUUCAGACGACAGAGGAAUAGAUAUCGUUCGGGGGCCUAUCCUGAGCUUUGCUAGCACAAGGACGAUAUUUAAGAAAGGCUUCAAGCUGGUGAUCCUGGACGAGGCCGACGCCAUGACGCAGGACGCCCAGAACGCCUUGAGGAGAGUGAUUGAGAAGUUUACUGAAAAUACCAGAUUUUGCCUCAUCUGUAACUAUCUGUCAAAGAUCAUCCCCGCCUUGCAGUCCCGGUGUACACGGUUCCGCUUCGGUCCCCUGACCCCUGAACUCAUGGUUCCACGCCUGGAACAUGUCGCUGAAGAAGAGAAAGUGGACGUAAGUGAAGAUGGGAUGAAAGCGCUCGUAACCCUUUCCAGCGGAGACAUGCGCCGGGCUCUGAACAUUUUGCAGAGUACCACUAUGGCCUUUGGGAAGGUGACAGAGGAGACCGUGUACACCUGCACCGGGCACCCGCUCAAGUCAGACAUCGCCAACAUUCUGGACUGGAUGUUGAAUCAAGACUUCACCACAGCCUACAGAAAUAUCACGGAGCUGAAAACUCUGAAGGGGCUGGCGUUACACGACAUCCUGACGGAGAUCCACCUGUUCGUGCACAGAGUUGACUUUCCAUCUUCAGUUCGAAUCCACUUGUUGACUAAGAUGGCCGACAUCGAGUACAGACUUUCUGUUAGCACCAAUGAGAAGAUUCAGCUGAGCUCCCUCAUCGCAGCCUUUCAAGUCACCAGAGACCUGAUUGUCUCCGAGGCCUAGAAGCUGACUGGGACUGUG